GUGGCCAUUCUUCAUUCGCCGACAACUACCGGUAAGUGUCCAUAUGAGUUACUCCGAUCAAGAGAAGCAGGCGGCGGAAGCGCAGCUCCUGCAGUUCCUCCAAGCCUCGACCACCGUGGAUGAUACAUUCACGUAUGCGUCGAAGCAGAACGUCAACCACGAGCUCGUCGUUGGUGUCGUCAAGAGUCUGCUCGUCGAUGCGUUUGUGACGGCCGCGGACUUGUCCACGUCGUUCUGGGUGUUGUCGGAAGAAGCGGAGAGUUUCCUUGCCCAUGGCAGUCCCGAAGUUCAAUUGUUCCACGCCAUUCCUGCCACGGACGGGGCGGACAAAGCCACGUUGGAAGGCGCGGUGGGCGCGGCCCUUUUCAAAGUCGCGCAAGGCGCGUGCAUGAAGAACAAGUGGAUUCGAAUGGACAAGGCCACGGGGCUCAUCUACCGCAACGUGGCGUCGGUGGAAGACACCGCCACGGAACAACUCAAGCAGGUCGCGGCAGUCCAAGGCAACGUAGAUCAUGUGUCCGACAACGUGUCGAAGGAUCUCAAGCGUCGCAAACUCAUCUCCCUCCAAGUGCGCAAGUCGUUCCGCAUCGGCAAGGGGCCCAACUUUGCCGUGCAGCGCAAGCGCCAGGCCGCGGGUCUGAACAAGGACAUGCUCGACAGCGAAGAGUGGAAGACAGAGAAGUUCAAGCCAUACAACUUCAACACGAUGGGAUUGGCGGUCGGCGGCGGCCAUUUGCAUCCGCUCAUGAAGGUCCGCGCCGAAUUCCGCCGCGUCUUGAUGGACAUGGGGUUCGACGAAAUGCCCACGAACCGCUGGGUCGAAAGCAGCUUUUGGAACUUUGACGCGCUCUUCCAGCCGCAAUCGCACCCGGCUCGCGACGCGCACGACACGUUUUUCCUCACGACUCCAGCCAAAGCCGUGUCCGUCCCCGAAGACUAUUACGAGCGUGUGCGUGACAUGCAUGAACAUGGUGGCCACGGGUCCAUUGGCCACGGCCGUGGAGCGUUUACCCGCGACGAAUCGUUCAAGAACUUGCUCCGCACCCACACCACGGCGGUAUCGGCGCGUAUGCUGUACAAACUGGCCAACCAACCGGGGGGGUUCACGCCGCAAAAGUAUUUUUCCAUCGACCGCGUGUUCCGCAACGAAAGCAUGGACGCAACGCACUUGGCAGAAUUCCAUCAAGUGGAAGGCGUGAUUGCCGACUACGACUUGAGUUUGGGCGAUUUGAUUGGCGUGAUUUCAGGGUUUUUCACGAAAAUUGGUAUCACGCAAAUGCGCUUCAAGCCUGCGUACAACCCGUACACGGAGCCGUCCAUGGAGAUCUUUGCGUACCACCCAGACUUGAAAAAGUGGACUGAGAUCGGCAACUCUGGCGUGUUCCGUCCCGAGAUGCUGCGCCCGAUGGGGCUGCCGGAGAACGUCCGCGUGAUCGCGUGGGGUCUGUCGCUUGAACGCCCGACGAUGAUCAAGUACCGUUUGAGCAAUAUUCGCGAUUUGUUUGGCCACAAGGUCGACUUGGAGCAGACCAAGAGCGCCAAGUUGUAUCGAAUGUAAUCAUGACAUGGCGUGCUUUGGUUUGCAUUAGUAUGGGAAUUUCUUACAGUUAAUAGAAGAUGGGGUUGGGUAGAUGGAGGAUAUUAAUAUGAUAGUACCUGUAUCAUAUAAUAAAAAUUGUAC